UGUUUAUCUUAAAUUCUUAAUUUAGAGGAGGUUGAUCCCGAAAGAGGCGUGUUCCUCAAGCUGGUUUAUCCACCUGUGACAGUGACAGCGAACGAACACCGCCAUUUGAUACGUUUCGGAACGAAUAGCGUCGCAAAACCUAUUACCCCUAACAAACAAGAAAGAGGAGAAAGAAACCUUUCAUCUGAGAGAGAGACAGUGAGAGUCGUUAAUCUCCGAGAACCAACAUGUCGGGAGUGGGACCUAUCUCGCAGGACUGGGAGCCGGUGGUACUAAACCCUAGGAUUGCUCCUAUUAUUAUUAUUAUUAUUAUUAUUUGCAAACUCGUUCCUGAUAAUCAAUUUCUAUUUUAUCUCUUUUUUCGUUUUUUAAGCUCGAGUUUGUUUGAAGAUAUUUUAGCUGGUUUGGGAGUGAUGAUUGUUGAGUUAUUGUUGUUGUUUUAUGCAGAUAAUGCUGGGACAAACAAAGCUGCAUCUAGUAGCACGUCAUUGAACACCAAGAGGCUUGAUGAUGAUACAGAGAAUCUUGCUCAUGAACGUGUGCCGACUGAACUCAAGAAGGCUCUCAUGCAAGCAAGGAUGGACAAGAAACUCACUCAAGCACAGCUUGCUCAGAUUAUCAAUGAGAAGCCUCAAGUGAUCCAGGAGUACGAGUCAGGAAAAGCAAUUCCAAACCAGCAGAUAAUUGGCAAGUUGGAGAGGGCCCUUGGUGCCAAACUGCGAGGCAAGAAAUAAGCAAAGCAAAUCCAAGUACACUAACGUUUGUGUAUGUAAUUAGCUACUGUGUUUUCACUUCGCGAAGGGUGGCUGUUAAGGUGUGUUUUGCAUGCUGAUUUGUGUGUGUAUAUAUGCAAAGAGAUGACAUGUGUGGCGACCCCGAGAGGCUUUACCAUUUUCCAGAUUGAAUAUAUCAUAUUAAAUAAAGUCAUGCUCUCGUUAUAGUUGGAUAUAAGAUAGGAUAUGGCUUUUGUUCACAAGAACGAUUAUGUUCUCUGUUUCGACUUGCCCCUGCUAUUUAUUUAGCUUCAUAUGUUGGCAAAA